AUGCCGAGCGCGAAGAGGAAGCUCGCGCAGCUGCAAGGCGCGAAGAAGAGUGCUAGGACGGGCGCGGAGGCGGAAGAGGCGCCCGCCGCCAUGCCGGAGCCGGAAGCCGAUGUCGACAUGAACUCGGACGAGGACAUGGAAGGCGGGUUCGAAGACGUCGAGGACGACGACGACGUGGCGGACCUCGUCGAGGACGAGGACGAGGACGAGGACGAGGACAAGAACGAGGACGAAGAGGUCGACGAGCAAGAGAGAGCCGCGCCAUCUGUGCCCUCGCACGACUCCCGCUUCGCUGUGCCGUCCUUGGACGAGAUCCAUGGUUUAAAAGAGACGAGCGAGCUCUACAUGAACAAUGUGUUCAAGCUGCAGCUCGACGAAAUGAUGCGCCAGGUGCGCCCCGACUUUGCGCAUGCCCAGGCGCUAGAAGGCGCGCUGCGCCGCAUGCAAAAGAUCUUUGACCAGAUGCCGACGAUCGCGCCACUGCCCCUCACCGAGGCGCUCGCCGCGCUCGAGCGCGUCGCGCCGGGCAUCGCGCCGCCGUUUGCCGAGCCUGUGCCGCGCCCGGACGCUGCGUACAAGUUUGGCUUUGAGAAGCCGAGCCAGCUGCACCUUGUCGGCUCAUGGCCGCUGCGCACGGCCGCCCGCCGGCCCGGCGAGCUCGACGUGGACGUGGAAGUGUGCAUGCCUGCCCAGCUCUUCCAAGAGAAGGAUACCUUUAAUGCGCGCUACUUUCACAAGCGUGCAUACUACCUCGCGGUGCUCGCUGCUGCGCUGCAAAACGACGAUAAACUCGGCAUGGACGUGUCGUUUAUGGACGCGUCGCACAGCGGACGCAGUACCUGCCUCGUGCUGCGCCCCCGUCAGGCGAGCGCGAAAGAGUUCCGCAAGCUCAAGGCAGUCAUUCGCGUCCACGCCGCACACGAAUUCGGCACGUUCCCCGUGAACCGCCUCGCGCCGAACCGCAACUCGCUGCGUGGCGCCGCGGCCGAUGCCGAGCAGGGCGCGGCACUUGCGCCCACGCCACAAUACAAUGCGAGUGUGCUGAGCGACUCGAUGCGCAUGUCGCAUCUCUUAUUUUUGCACGGCACGUCGGAGGCGUGUGCGGGCUUUGCCGAGGCCGUCCAGCUGCUCAAGACAUGGGCGACGCAGCGCGGUUUUGGCACGCUCCUGCUCGGCGCCAAGAGCGAGCGGUACGCCGGCCGCCAGAUGGUGGCGGGCUCCGAGAACGCGCGCUUCCUCCUGACCAUGGUCCUUGCCCACCUCUUGCACGGCGAAGAGCCGAGCACCGGAUUGCGGGGACGUACGCUGCACACGCAGCGCCCGAAGCUCUCGAUGGGCUACAGCAGCUACCAGCUGAUGCGCGGCGUGCUCGACUUUCUCGCGAAGCACCCCCUCGCGACGUCGCCUGUGUUUAUGCGUGCGCAGCCCCGCGCGGGACUCGUGCGCACCGAGCACAUUCCCACGACGAGCUUCUCGGCGAGCCCGCGGGCAUUUGUCGACCCCAGCGGCUGCAUCAACCUCUUGGCUUCGUGGCCCGCGGCGUCGGUCGACCUGCUGCAGCAAGAGGCGGCACAGACGCUGCACAUGCUGAACGACGCCGAGUCCGACUGCUUUGCAGCGCUCUUUCUCACGCCGUGCACAUCGCCUGUCGCGCGCCUCGACGAGGCGGCCAUCGCCACGCUCCAGACCAAGUCGGACGAUGCGGUGCGCCGCAUGGAUGCAGGCAGCGCGCGUGCGUACGGGAUCGAGCACCUGCUCGCGGUGAGCGCCAAGGCGCUCGGCACACGUGCGUGGGGCGUUGCAGUGACGUACGGCGCCGAGGCUGCGCAGUGGCCGCUCGGCGAGUCGGCGCCUGUGCCAUCGCGCCGCGUCGCGCUGGGCGUCCGGCUCAACGCCGAGCACGCCUGGCGCCAGGUCGAGCACGGCCCCGUGCCGGACGACUCGGUGGCCUGUGCGGCCUUCCGUGCGUUUUGGGGCGAGAUUGCCGAGCUGCGUCGCUUCCGCGAUGGCCGCGUCCUCGAGAGUGUCGUCUGGCCGAUCACGAGCCUCGAGGAGCGUGCGGCGUUGCCCCGCCGCGUCCUGCGCCAUGCGCUGUUGCGGCAUGGGUGUGUGGCAAAGGCCAACAAGCUGCAGUUUGUCAACGAUGCAUUCCAAGGGCUUCUCGACGUGCCUGCGGACCUCGCGCAGCGUGCAUACCUCAAGCGCCCGUCGGAGCUGGGCUUCCAGCCCGUUCAGGCCGCGUUUGAGAACCUGUCCAAGGAGCUGCGUGCAAUGGACGAGCUGCCGCUCUCGGUGAUUGGCAUCCGCCCCGUCGGCCGCGCGCUGCGGUCCAUGAGCACCUUUGCGCCCGGCGCGUUGAAUGUCGCCGAGCUCGGGAGCGGCGUGCCGGACUGUGCGUCGUACCUUGCGGUGCACGAUGUGCUGAUCACCAUGGAGAGCUCGGCGCAGUGGCCCGACGACCUCGCCGCGAUCCAGGAAAUGAAGACGGCGCUGUACGAGCGCAUCGCCGCCGUCCUCCAAAACAAGAUGCCCGGCGCGUCGCUGCGUGUCGUGUACGAUGACGACGCCCAGACCGGCGAGACAAUCCAGGACCAGACGUCGCUCGUGAUCGCUCUGCCGGCCGGCUUUGCGUUCAAGCUGCGUGUCCACCACGACCGCGACCACCUGCUGCUGCAGCGCCUCGUGCGGGGCGCGUCCGGUGCCCACAAGCGCCGCGCGCAGCAGGUCCUCCGCCGGUACGAGCACCGGUACGUGCACGCGCCGGCGCACCACGCCGCGCUGCAGGCGCUGCAGGACCAGCACCCCGCGCUCGGCCCGACCGUGCGCCUUGUCGAGCGCUGGUUCGCCGCGCAGAUGCUCUCGACGCACGUCGCGCCGGAAGCGCUCGAGUUGCUCGUCGCCGCCGUCUUUACGUCGAGUGUGCACGCACCGCCCGCGACGGCCGUCGCCGGCUUUGUGCGUGUCCUGCGCCUCUUGCGCGACUGGGACGCGCGCGAGGUGCUGCUCCUUGUGCCGCUCGAGGCGGCGUCGCGGCGUGCGCACGAGCACCGCGCGGCGCGUGCCGACGAGGAGCGCCAGGCGCCGGGCACGACGCCGGCCGACCUGCGCCACACGACCGCGUUUGCGCCGGCGAUUGCCGUCACGUCGCAAGAGCGCGUCGCGGCGGAGCAGGCGUUCCGUGCGCAGCGUGCGCGCGAUCCUGCGAUUCACCACGCGGCGUGGUGCAUUGCGUCGGACCUCGAUGCGAGCGGGAGCGUCUGGACGCACGAGUCGCCGAGCGCGACGAUCGCCGACGCCGUGCGCCAGCUCGCGGGCCGCGCGGUGGCGAUGCUCGAGACGCCGAUCGUGCAAAAAGAGUCGGCCAUGGUCCUCUUUACGCCGUCGCUCCAUACCUACGACUUUGUUGUGCACCUCCAUCCCUCCGUGCACACGCGCUACGCCGAGGCGCUGCGGCCUAAUGCAGACGCGUGGCUCGCGGAAGGCAAGCGCGCGUACAAGAACCUCAGCUCGCUGCGGCCGUCGGUGUACGGCAGCGAGAUGCGCCCGGACUGGGACCCGGUGCAGGCAUACGUCGCGCUGCUGCAUACGCUCUACCCCAGCGUCUUCCGCCUGUUUUACGACCAGCACGGCGGCACGGCGAUCGGCGGUAUUUGGGAAAAGGCGCCGCUCGCGCCGCAUCCGUUCAAGGUGAUGCUCGGGUACUCCUCGACGCCGGUCGACAAGGAGGUCGUGCUGAACUCUGAUGCGGUCCUUGCCGAGGUCGCGCGGCUGGGCUACGGCCUCGUCGAUCGCAUCCAGGUCAACAAGCACUAG